AGAAGGCGUCAACAUAAUAGUCACGUGAUAACCCUGCGAAUUUAUUGUGCCCAAGAACGAGGAAAAUUUGACGAGGUUUGCUCCCUAUUCGCGAUGGUUUUCUUCGAAACUUGUGGUCCAAAUGAAGCCAUGGUGGUAUCAGGUAUUUCCCCCAAUAUCUUCGUGAUCAAUGUUACGUUUUCUUUUAUAAAACCCCUCAGCAAUGAGCUUGAAUUGGAAUUGCAUUUUCGCAGGUGUUUUUUGCUGUAGUUCGCUUGAAUGAUCUUCCGAAAUCAGAAUAUCUCUGCCCUAAAUUUCCUGUCUUCUUGAUCUGUUUUGCAGGUGUAUGCCACACCAAGCCUGCUCUAGUUUCAGGUGGCCGUAUAUUUGUGUGGCCAUGGAUUCAAAAGCUGCAAAAGUGAGUCAAGGAAAUUCAUGCAGUUUACGCACGCUAUGUACCACAAUAGAAUUUUGCUGAGGUGGUCCGAUCUUUGCAACGCUAAAAAUGCAAACGUAAUGAGUGGACUCAAAGUUAAGAAGAUGUAACAUUUUGUCAAACAAUUUCGUGUAUUCGAAGCGGCAAUUUUGAAAAAUCUGCUUUCUAAUAGUUUGUUGAUGUGUUUGAGAAUGUGACACCGAUCACGGGUGUCAUGGGAAAUACAUCUACAUGGGAUGAAGGUAUGAACGCAAUUUAACUUCCUGAUGUUGGAAUAGAAAACAAAAACAUGAUGAAUUUAUGACCCGUAUUAGCGUUGUCUUUUCCAUAUGUGGUUUAACUUAUGUAGCUUAUAUUCAAUCUCAAGAGAAGUUGACUUUAAACCGUAACAUCACACACCCUUGUUUUUGUUUUGAUAUAGGCCUACGUACGUUGAGUCUGAAAGUGCAUUAAAUAUAUUGAAUAAAACAUCGCGACUGGGAAAACCCUACAAUGUACUUCAAAAUGAUUUGAAGGCUUUUAUAGUCAAGAUUACCUUUCAUGAAUAAAUUGCAAUCACUUAAAUGUACAAAUCAUCAGUGAGUUUGCCUCCUGCAAGUUAGCCCCAGAUUUUUUCCUAUUUGUAAAAUAGCUUAGUAGUGGUUGUGUAUUCAUGAAUAACCAAAAGUUUAAUGCAGGUUAACAGUAACAAUCAUUUGAUCAUCUCCGCCUACACAUGAAAAUUUUCAAAAUUCAGGCUUUUAAUUUACGACGCCUUGUUUGGGUAAAAUUCCAACAAGCAACAUGGCCUUGAAACAGCGACACAAGACAAGAUGAAAAAGCGACGUUGGUUAAAUACCAACAGGGGCAUGGCUUACUCCUUGAAACACGAAAAGGCCGUAUUUGAAAUAUUUCAGACUUGGGACAUACGUACCACCCCUCCCCCCCCAUCCCUCCUAAGAGGGCCUCGUUAAUGCUUUCCCGUGCAUGCAAACACCACAUUGUACGCUUUUGAAUAGAUGUACUUGUCUCACCUUGCGUCCGAGUUCAGCUUUUCAGAGAGUCUAGAACAGACCUGCAAUGAGUUUAUCUCUAUUCGUUCAGUAAUACGAAGUAAAGAAUUUUCAGACUGCAGUAAGCGUGAAGCAAGCGUGGACUGGAGCGCCCCAAGCGAGUGGCAAAACCUGAUAGCAUGACUAUGAAGGACUCUGUGAAAGUUUGAAUUGAGUCUGGCUGUCAUAAAAAUUUAACCCUUUCAGACUCUUAACCAGAUAGUUUUUGCAAAAAAAUUUACUAUGGGACCAAACCUCCAAGUUAAAUUUUUUUGCUCGGUCGCCAUUUGGCAACCAACUCUUUUGGUUUAGGGAGACUUUUUUACAAAUCAAGUUGCCAGCUCCAAAAUUUUAGGUGCCAUGGUGACCAAAGUGGUCGCAACUUGGCAGGUUGGGGACAAACUUGAUUUCUAACAGGGCUAACUAGUUAGGGGCUAACUUGCUAUGGGUUGAAACCACUGGCUUCCAAUACAAAUUAAAUGGCUACAGUGAAUGAAACAUGUCUGCGCAGCCAUGUAAUACCCUCUUUAUACAAAGUGCAUAUCUUGCAGGUAAAACAGAUCUCAAGCUAAAUCAGUAUUUAACCUGUUUGUUUCAGAAUCGUCUUUGUUUCAUAACACUAAUUGUUCAUAGGAGAAAAAGGAAACUCUAGUUUAACCUGAGAACAGAUUUUGCUCACAACUCAUACACCACACAGGACCACAUCCAGAUGAUCCAAUUGUUAAACUAGUUUUGAAAUGGUUAGAAGCCAGUAAUUUUUAAUCGAUUCGUCCACUUUUCCAGACAGGAAUGGACAGUUGUUAUUACAGCUGGCUACUUUAUGCACACAUUUUGUGAAAAGUAGCCUCUUUAUGGGGGUAAUCCCUAAAAGGAUCAUCAAUGCAUUCAGUAUCAAGACUGUGUGAAAUUAUUGUUGCUUCAGUGGACAUCUCUGCUCUUGAUCAGUCAUCAUACUGGAUGUUUCACCUUAUAAUGUUAUGUAUGGUUUCUUUACAGAAUAUCACUGAACACUAUGACCCUGAAUGUGGAAUCUCCUCGUGUAUAUACCCGCCAUGGAGUGCCUAUCUCUGUAACUGGAAUAGCUCAGGUAAAUACCUGUGAGCAUAUGUUGUUCUGUUGGUUUCUUGGAGGGUCAUGUAUUAGUACAUGUAUGUUAGGUUCAAGUGAAGAGGGUUUAAUUUGAGGUGUUGCCAGAAACCUUAGCUUUCUUUCUAACUACUUUUGUACUUUUAAAAAAGGUAUCCCCAUUGUAACGAUAGCGGUCUCACUUAUGAAGGACUCUGGCAAUAGAUUCACCCUUUUAAUGGUCACCAAGAAUACAACAACAAUGAAGUACAUGUUUUUCUAAUCACGUGACCUAAAACCACAGGCAUACCAUGACACCCAUGACAGUUGUCAUUAAUUUUGAAGAACUGAGGUUCGACAGUGACUGGUACAGUGUAGGUCAGGAUGAAGAACAAGGGGAUUAGAAAAUGCACAUAGCACAGAAUAGUCUCCUUUUGGACUGAAAGGCGAAGAUUGGAAAUGUUCGUUAUAAAACUUAUUGGUACUUAAUUUCAUGGGUCUUAAAUUUCGUGUUUUUUGUGAUUGUAAAAAAAUUGCAAAAAUAAAUCCUUGCAAAAUUUAAGCAUGCAAAAGUAAAACCUCAUAUAGAACAUUCAAAGCACAAAAAAAAUUAUUAACUUGUAACAGGUGUCCCCAAUUAGUGCCAAUAGGCAUUAGAAUGACUAGACACUUUAAUAAAGGUUAUGUAUGUAUGUAUGUAUGUAUAGAAACAACAUACAUGUAUACAGGACAUGUAUCAACAAUAUAUAGCUUGUUAACUAGUUUUACUGGUGAGCUCGGUUUUGUGUCUUCAGUCAGAAGUGAAAUGACGUUAAUUUGUGAAGCUUUCACACAUUUCUUUUCCAGUUUUACUAGAAAUUUGAAAACUUUCAGACUUUUUUAAUAAGUAAAAUGAAGUUGAGAACUCUUAAAUCGUGAAUUUUAAUACCUUUUUUUCAUAUUUGUGUGUGGAAAUAACGAAAAUAAAACCCCACAGUAAUCACAAAAAUAUAAGUACCAACAAAUUAAAUCACACAUAGUGAACUUUUUUAUUUUGCAGGUAAAAAUUCAAGGCCAAAAUCAGGAAAUGUUGUAUGCAGCCUGCCAACAGUUUCUAGGCAAAUCACAGGAGGAAGUGCGUUCUGUUGCCUUGGAAACACUGGUGAGGUUCUAGUUAAUUUCUAUCAUCUAUUGACGUUUAGAUCGGAUACUAGUUUGUUAGCAACCCUUUAUUGGGCUUCUUGACUACACUUUAUAUACAAAUUUUUGUACAAUACACCUUCAACAAUCCUCUUUAAAUUUAUCGCUUCUCAGAGUAAUAUUUUUGAGAACACAAAUACAUAACAUAAGACUGGAAUACAGCUAGUGCUCAGGGGAUGAACUGAACCCAGGUCUGUGGCGGGCUAGAAGUCUUGCAUUCUAUAAACUUGCACUUGUAUCAACUGUGCUUUCGUCUUAUGACUAACAGGAUAAUUUACAGUGUAUUUUAUAAGCAGGUUGAAGAUUGUUUAGUUAUGUACAUUCUUUUCAGGCCUUUCAUCUUACCAUAACCUUUUUUUGACUCAGCAAUUAAUGUUAAUGUUUACUGUUUUAUAGGAGGGCCAUCAGAGAGCCAUCAUGGGCACAAUGACUGUUGAGGUAAAUGGAAAGAAUGCACUGCGCUAGUAACUGUUGCAUCUUGUUUGUCAUUUUUUGUAAGUUUUUGUCAUGACCAAUGGUUUAAAUUUGCAAUUAAAACAGGAAAUCUACAAAGAUCGUAAGAAGUUUUCCAAGAGUGUAUUUGAGGUAAAGUAAUGCAAGUACAUGAAUUUAAAUUAGUUUUAAACUAGUUUCUAGAGUAAUUUUAAUGUGUAUUUUUAUUUCCUGCCCUUCUUGCUUUGUGUUCCUGUUGUUUUGUUAACAUUUUUAACUUUUUCAUUUUAUCUUGGUUUGAGCGUUACUUAAUACCAUAACAAUCAAGGAAGUAUCAAGUUGUAUGCAGUGUUCUCCUUAUCAGGUUAUAACCGGUAAAAUUUACCGCCUGAAGCAACACUUCUUACCGCCUGCAAUGGCCUGAAGGUUUACUAAAAUUAAAGAAGUACUUGUAAAAAAUACACUAGUUGUGAUCUGAUCCGAUUCUCACAUGCCACAAGGAAAUGAAUGAAUAUAUGGAAAAGUACAGUGGAACCCCAUUAACAUGGUCACCAAUGGAUCAAACAAAAUUGGCCGUAUUAGCAUACAGGGUGGCCAUGUAACCGGAGCAUUAAUUAACGGGUGACCGUAUUAACAAGUGUUUUUUAUUAUAAAAUGAGGGGCCGUUUUGUCAUAUUACCGAGGUGGCCUUAAGCUGGGGUUCCACUGUACUGAAAUAUUCACAGCUUUUCUUUUUAUGGGCCACGCAUUUUGGAAAGAGAACAUUGAAGACACGGUAAAUUUAUUGGAAUCAAUCGUUUUAAAUUGUUGUGUAAAGGUAACAAUGGCGAAUUUGUGUAAAAUGGGUCUUAAAGUGAGGAAUGACAUUUCAGAGAACUUAGCUCUUAAAUUUCCCAGCAAGAGCAAGGCCAUGUCCCGCAAUCCAAUGCCCCUUGCAUACCCCCCAGGAAAGUGCACCUCUGGCUAUGAAUGGUCCCUUACCUGCUGAGCUAAAAUUCAGGGAGAACGCUGUGUAUACAUGAGAUUCCCUGACGUUAUAGUUCACAAGCACUAUUGUUUGUUGAACCUUUCAUUUCAGGUUUUGAGGAUUGAUUAAAUUUAUUUAUGGCAAACAUUUGUCGGUACUUGUACCUUAUGGAAAAAUGAACAGUCAUUCUUGUCAGUCUUCAUUGUUGUUAGCAUUAUUUUUUUACUACAUGCAAAUGUAUAUGCAUUACUAAGCAACUAUGUUUUGAAUUUACUUUUUGAAGGUGGCAUCAUCUGACUUGGUUAACAUGGGAAUCAGUGUUGUGAGCUACACAAUAAAAGAUAUCAGAGAUGAUGAGGUAACUAACAUGUGAAAGGAUAAAUUAAUUUCAAAUCACCUAUACCACCACUACCACCACCACCACAAUCAUCAUCAUCAUUGUCAUUGUCAUCAUCAUUUUUAGUGUUUACUUUAUACCUGGUUCAAUUUUAAAUUGUGGUUGUUCGUAUGACAUGGGCAAUGUAUUGUAAUGUCGUGUGUACAGUGUUUAAAAGAAAGAGAAAUAAAAAUUGACCUCGCCUGUAAACCCAUGGAACCACUUUUUUUACUUACCUGCAUGGGGGGUAGUGGAGCAACCCAUUUGAGUAUUUUUAAUUGCCAGUUUCAGAUAGGCAAACAAUAUUUGCGGAAAGAGUAAAAAUGUUAGUGAAAAGGGGAUUGGUAUUUAAACCAGCUGCACAACUCCUCUGUGCUAGUAAACUUUAGCAACAGCUUACCCAAACGGCAAGCAAUUUCUUUAAUGUUCAUAUGACCCUGUCCUGUUCCCUGCAUUUUUAGCUUCUUAGUGGUACUUGUGUAUAAUAUACACAAGUACCACUAAGAAGUGUUUUGCCCUUUUUUCAGGGCUAUUUGCUUGCUCUUGGCAUGGCCAGGACUGCACAGGUCAAAAGAGAUGCCAGGAUUGGUGAAGCAGAGGCUCAGAGAGAUUCUGGAAUCAAGGUAAAAGUUUAUCAUUGAUAUGGUGCACAUUAACACAUCUGUGUGUCAGAUUUUUAUAUUGUAUAUAUAUGCUGAGGUUGAAGUUUUGUCUUGGUUUAAAUUAAUUUUUAUUUUUGUUCAUUUUUGUGUGUCAGUGAUGUUGUAAUAAUUGAAAAUUUGACUUGUACAAAAUGUACAUGCUCCUCCAUUUCUCUUAGCAAUAUUUCAAGGGCUGUCGAUUUAAAGUCCCAGUAUUAAUUUUUUGUAAUUUUAUACCAGUGUAUGUGGUAAUUUUGGGUAUAGAUGUUUUGCGUAUACAUGUUGACUUGAUAAAAUCUGAAUUAUUUUAUCCCAUGUUAGGAAGCAUUAGCUGAAGAAGCUCGCAUGAAAGCUAAGUUUGAGAAUGACACACUGAUUGCCAAAGCCAAGAGAGACUAUGAGUUAAAGAAGGCUGCAUAUGACAUUGAAGUUCAGACCAAGGUAUUAUUCAAAAGUUUUCACAGAUAGCCUGCGAAAACAGCUAUCUCUCGUCAUUCGUCCCCGCUAGGAAUGUUUCACCAAGAGGGACAUGUGCACCUCAGCAACAGAAAUUCCAUGCUGAUGAUGUAAAAUCUGUCUGGUAUCUGGUUAGGAGCUCUUAUUGGUUGACGUAGUAGUUAUAUUAUUUUAGCCAUUGUUUACUAAUGACAGACAAAAGGCAAAUGGUCACAAAGGUCAAACUUAACUUUGAUAAUACAAAAUAUAUAAUAAUUAUUAUGUCUUUUUCGUUCACUUAGCUAACUUAAUAAUACUUUGGUCUGUUUGAUAUAAUAGAAAGCCCAGUCAGAACUGGCUUACAAUCUUCAGGCCUCUAUAACAAAACAGAAGAUUAAGGAAGAAGAGAUGCAGAUCAAAGUUGUGGAAAGGGCACAGCAGAUUAAUGUUCAAGAGCAGGUAAUACCUUGUUGUUGUUGUGGUUCUUGUCACUGUACAAGAAGCUGUGAUCUUUGUCAUUUAUAAGUAAUUUCUUUGUUAAUGUUAAGUUCCAAAGUGCAUAAGGAAGUGUAAUUGGCAAUAUCAGGAAAAUGAAUUAAACAGCCGUGACACGACCUCUUAAACUCAGCGUCAUGCUUGCAAGACCAGAUAUGGUGCUUUUACUAUAAAGGUACAGGUGUAACUAUCUACAUGUAGACAAAACUGCUGGCUAGUUAGCCUUCCUUAGCCGGCGACACGGCUAACAAAAAAAUAAGCACCAUUGAAUAAAAUUGUAAACCAUCCGUUUCCAGUUUUGGAUGGCAUUGAACAUGUAAUAUUAUUUAAACGGGUUUAGCUCUGUGAAAUAUUCGAACCAUGCGAUGUCAUGGAACGUCUGGGAUAUUUUGACAGCAUUGUUCCCAGUCUUGUGUGCAUUCUGACGAAACAACAUGGCGUCCACGGUGGAAAAUACCUCUUGAAUUCCCCUGGAAAUGCCAUUUCCGAGACUCUAAAUUUCAAAAUAUCCCAAGAUACCUCAGCCCUAAAGAACUUGUGCCUUUGGGGUGAGUUCUGCCUACUAUUCAUUAUGAGCCUGCAACUUCAUUGCAAAGCAGGCAGCUAAACCUGUCCAAAAAGAGUAUGGAUUUUAGAGAAGUCACUCUGUACUUGUAGUUACCUUUGUUUGUUGUGACAAUAUUGUAGGAAAUUGCUCGGAAAGAUCGUGAAUUGGAGGCAACCAUUAAACGACCAGCUGAAGCUGAAAAAUAUAAAGUGGAAAAACUUGCCGAGGCCAACAGGUAUGCAGUUAAUGAAAGAUGCUGUUCUUUGCCAGUGCCGCAGGGUUUCACAUUUUUGUUGAUAAACUUGUACUAUUAUUUUGCUAAAAUAGGCCUUUUAUCAUGCUGAACAUUCUUGAACAGAUUAUUGGUCUCAAUUCUCAGUUCAGCUAGUUGUAUUGAGCUGGACAAGACAUUGUUGGGUUGUGUAUCCCUGGCUUUAGAGCUAAGCUGUCAGUAAUUAACCCACAGAAUCUGAAAUCAAUUAUUUACUUGUCUUUCCUUUCUAAGGAAUCGUGUGAUACUUGAAGCUGAGGCUGAAGCUGAAGCCAUAAAGGUUAGUAGAGUUUAAAGAAAGAAAGAUACUGUUAUUAGUAAUAUUGUUGAGAAAGAUACAAAAAAUAUCAAGCAUGCAAUGAGUGUGGGACAUGAUUUUACCCAUUGACACCCAAGGUAUACAUGCCACUUACAUACGGGCAUGGCUGUGGCUAAGAUUUCAAGUUGCCAGAAAAAAAAAAAAAUGGUAGGCAGGGAAUAAGAACAGCUAAGGAAUUCUUAGUUCAAUUUUCCAUUUGUUUCCUAUGAAAGUAGCCAGUAGGGUUCAUGCUCACAGCAUCCAGGAAAAUCCAUGGCCCAAGUCCUCAGUGACAUCCUCAAAUUAAAAUCAAAGUUUUCAAUCAGCAGGCAUGGGCCUUGUGCCAAGCAUAAGAGUUGGCAGGCAUACCAAAGAUACUUGUACUGUUUGGACAUGUUUACAGCACCAUUGAUCUGAUCUAAUGGUGAGAAUUGGGCAAUUUCUCAUUUUCAUGUGUUGCCACAAAUCCUGCUUGCUGCUAGCAUCAACAUUGUGUCUACAGCAUUUUGUUUAAAGGCUGAUACUGAAUGGUAGUGAUUUUCAUUGUUGUUAACAGGUGAAAGGAGAAGCUGAAGCAUUUGCCAUAGAAGCCAAAGCUACAGCAGAGGCUGAGCAGAUGGCAAAGAAGGCUGAUGCAUGGAAAGAGUACAGGGAAGCUGCUGUUGUGGACAUGGUGUUGGAGACCAUGCCAAAGGUAUAUACCAGGCUUUUUCUACACAAGCCUGUUUAUGUUUGUCAUUAAUGUACUUUAUAGUCACAGACUUACACCUCGUGUCCAUGUGUAAAACAUUUUGUAAAAAGUGUAGGUCUGAAAGAACACUGGGGACAGAAACUUAACUCCUGUUCCAAGCAGGUGUCUGUUGUAGGUAAAAUCGUUUUCAGGUUAAGUCAGUAUUCAACUCAGUUUGAUUCAGAAUUCCGUUUGUUUCCUAUCCCUAAUUAUUUAUAGGAUACAAAGGAAAUUCUGGUUUGACCUGAGAACAGAUUUUACCUACAACAUCUACAAGUUUAAUAUGCCAGUAGUGCAUCUCAACUCAUUUUGACUGUAAUUUCACAGAUUGCAGCUGAAGUUGCAGCUCCUAUUUCCCAGUGUAAGAAGAUUGUAAUGGUGUCCAAUGGCAAGUGCGACGUCGGUGCCAGUAAGAUCACUUCAGAAAUCCUGGAAAUUGUGGCCAACCUGCCCAAAUCAGUUGAAGCUUUGACCGGAAUUGAUAUCAGCAAGGUGAGUGACAUCAAGAGUGAAACCCUUUUCUGA